CGCCGCGAAUUCUUCACUUGCAUUUUGAACGCGCAGGCGACUGGUUGGUGAGCUCAAGAACCUCCGGAGACCUCAAGACCGAAAGUAAUCCAUAGAAGACCAUCUGAAAAACACAUUAAUAUUCCCAAAUACCCGUACAUCCGAUUUUGUUGGAGUGACGCCUUUCGUGCGGUUUUUGCUUUGCUUCUACGGGCACUCUUGCACCAUCCACCGGAGCGGAAACAGUUUCGGUGUGAAAAUUUGCAUAAAAUUGGCCCGAGAAAAGUUAACAGACUUAAAGCCUCUGGGCAGCCUUUUCCGAGCUACCGAGCAAAGUGCGUGAAAAACUAGUAGUCGUCGGUGGCCUGUGAUUUUAUAUAACAGCCGAAACUCGGGGGUGCUACGGUCCAAACUCUACUUGAAGCUCGAUUUCGAUUUUUGGCACCUCCUCCCGACGCUCUCACUUCAAAAUGCAGCCCCUCAAGCGAUUCACACAGUGCGGCAGCCUGACCAUGCUGUUCGGCAUCUUCAUUAUCCUGUUCGGAGUCAGCUCCACGGCACUGACCACCUUUGGCAAGACCAACAACCAGCCGCCACCCACGCAUGUUCCCAUUGAUAAUAAAUCGGAGAACCAAUACAAUUAUUUUCCCUAUCCUAGUCACAGCCGUUUACAUGCAUAUUUAAAAGGACGAGAGUGCGCUAACCACGAUGACUGUACGGCGAUAGAUCGCACAAGCUGCGUCAAGGAUCCCAACGACUACAGAUUCCGGUGUCUUUGCGGCGACGAUUCGGCUCCUUCAGGUGGAAAUUGUCCUGAUGUCCUUAAAGGUCUGCGUCACAAGUGCAACAGCAACAACGACUGCGAGGAUGGAAUGGUAUGCCAGUACGAGAACAGCAACCGCACCAUUGGAGUGUCAAAGUUCAUGUCCAGCAAGACCAAGCUGUGCCUCUGCGACAACGACAACGGAUAUGUGGAGGACAUUCUGCACGAUAUCUGCAGUGGAGCCAAUCUUCAGGCCCUGGUCAAUAUCCUGAUGUCCAUCUGCUCCUUGCUGGCGCCCUUUGUGGUCUCCGCUCACAUGCGAAAGCAUUUCUAGAAGGCCACUGGACCCGAUCGAAGUCGUAGAAUGGCGAUAAUCUCCCCUAGUGAUCCAUCAAAUGUGCCUCAGUGAAACCAAUAACAGAAACCGAAGUCAUCGUCCCGGUCCCUCACCAAAGUUCAUUUAAAAAUCAAAUAGAAAAAAUGAUCAAAAAAAUAAUUGGAAAAUAAGAAAGAUUAGAAACAUACAGUUCAGUCGCCACUAGCCUAAAGGUCGUUCUAUUGAAUAAGUUUCAUAUAUACCACCGUCAAUUUUAUUCGCUUCUCACUAAAAGUUGCGUUAUACAUAUAUAUACAAUAUACAUAAUUAUAUUAUCUGAUAAAUGUUUUCUAUAGAUCCCCUAUCGAUUAGAAUAUUUACCUUAAAUACCAAAAAACAAAAUGCCUGCACCAUUUUAUUGUAAUUUUAUAAGAAUCUGAGUCGAGGAAAUGAAAUAUUUAAUAAAUAUAGAUAAGCAAUAUUCAGAUCGCUUGAACAUAACAAUACAAAUGUAAAACAUUUUAAUUUUUUGUAUUCGAAACAUCGAAAAAUAUAGCUUUACGAGCUUACAGCCACAAUCGAUUAUAAAAGUAAAAUAUAAUAAAUUCAUUUCGAUACUGCUACAACUUUGAACACUUUUUCAAAACUAAAAAGAGUUUCAGGACCUUGCAAAAAACAUCUAUCAUUGACAUUGUUUUCUCCGUAGUUGUUAUAUAUAUUAUUUAAUAAAAACCUUUAAAAAAAUGAA